UAAUCGAGUUAUUCGCACAGAUUCUUGCAUCUUAAAUGUACUUUAACAGGCUGUCUGAGCUUUGAACUUGUCAUCGGAGUCCGCGCGCAAGAUUGCUUUACGCUGUCUGAUGAUUCGUGUCCCAAUUCGAAUAUUACCUUCUGGCUGUAUAACGCUGCCGUGCCCUAUGGCCGUAAGUUAAUCCUAAAUGGUCAAGACGGUUUCAAAUACAAUACGUCAAGGCCGCUGAAAGUACUGAUACACGGCUUUGCCAGUGAUCGCACACAGUCGCCCAGUCUUGAGCUGCUGCCGGAGUUUCUACGCUUCCCGGAUCUUGAUGUAAUCUCUAUUGAUUACGCCAGGCUUGCGGCUGAUCCCUGCUAUACGGAAGCCGUUCAUAAUUCCCAUUUUGUGGGUCGCUGCUUGGCCCACUUUUUGGUGCAACUAAUGCACAAUCGGCGCCUGCAUCCAUCAAAUCUACAUUUGAUUGGCUUCGGUCUGGGCGCCCAUGUGGCAGGAUUUGCGUCCAAAUUGUUGGCACAGAUGAAUGUACAAGUGGCGCACAUUACGGCCUUAGAUCCGGCAAAGCCGCUUUUCCUCACCAGCAAUAAGGACGAGCGCCUGGAUAAAACCGAUGCCAACUUUGUGGACGUUGUGCAUUCAGAUAUUUUCCUGCACGGUCUGAUGUUGCCUAUUGGACAUGUCGACUUUUAUCCCAACAAGGGCGUAGUCCAGCCCAAUUGUGGACCCGUCAACGAAUUAUCCACCCAUGAAUGCUAUCAUGAACGCGCCGCGGCAUACUAUGCCGAGUCGAUUCACUCGCAUACAGGCUUUUGGGCCUUCCGCUGCCGGGAUCUGCUCAGCUUUAUAAUGAAUUCAUGCCAACCCAAUCAGCAGCUGGAGCUGCUUGGCUACCGCACCAGUCCCACAGCACGUGGCAGCUACUUCUUGAGGACCAACGACACGACCCCCUACGCCCUCGGCCAAAACUUUAAUGAUAUGGAUCGCAGUCUUUAUGGUCAAACUUAUUUGGGCGAUGCUCUUGUUUCUAAGCUGCACGAAUUGGCCGCAGAGUCCAAAUUGUAAAACACGAGACGAUAAUAGAAAAUGAACCCCUUAACCCCCAGCUUGCGUCCUGUAAAUAUGAAUCUGAUAUAAAUGAAACUAAUAAAUUUAAAUAUUCAGCUGG